UCCUCCUUCUUCUUCUUCUGGAUUCCCCCUGUGCUGCCGCUCGUGUUCGCCGAUCUUCAGGAUCGCAGCCGAUCGCCGGAUACGCCAUGCGUGCUCAGCUGUCCUCCGUCACAUGCGAUCGCGCAUCUGUCGUCGGCGGGCUCCCGCCCGCUGCUCGCUCCUCCUCCGCUCGAUCGCGUUGUCCUCCCGCGCGUCGCUCCGUCGGUGCUCGUUCCGGUCUUAAGAUAGAUGGUAUGAUUUUCCAAAGGCUUGGUUUCCGUCUGCGGCGGAGACUCGUUUCAUACAGGGCAUUUGAUGAGGACUCAGUUGAUAUUCCACCCCUUAAUGAUUGGGAUGGCAGUGAGGGUACCAGCGGUUAUAUGAUGUCAUCCAGUGAUGGUGAAGACAGUGACAGUGAAUUGAUAUUAACUGCGAGCAGUGACGUGGAUUUGCCUAAGUAUAAAGUAUCAACGAAUGAUGCAUUAACAAUUACUGCUCAUAGAUUUGCACUGAUUGGCAGGCGCCGGAAGAAACGCAGGAUCAAAUAUGGGAUGUUGAACAACAUGGGUUUGAUUACUUUUCUGACGACCUUCCUUUUAUUAUUGGAUUGGUGUGCUUGGCGUAUUGUCAGAUUACCACUGCCACAAUUUUACUUGACCCGCCCUUUUUUCAUGUCGGCUGUUAUAGCAUCCUGUGUAGGCUACAUAUUUGUUCCCUUACUUGAUGGUUUUAAUAUUUACCAAAUCAUCCGUAAGGAAGGAACUGUGAGACAUUAUUUGAAAAAGAGAACACCCACAAUGGGUGGAUUGUUUUUUGUGCCCGUUGGUGUGGCCGUUGCACAAGCCAUAGCUGGUUUUUCUUCAACUGAAGUUAAUGCAGCUACUGUAGCGACUCUGGCAUUUGCUGCAAUUGGGUUUAUAGAUGAUAACUUCAGCCUUCUCGAGAAUCGAAAUCGUGGUUUAUCUGCCUGGGCGAAAUUGUUGUUAGAGGUUGUUGUCGCGACAAGUUUCGCUUUGUGGCUGGAUUGCACAAGGAUAUCAUCACCUUAUGGCAUGAAAAAGUUGGUUCCUCUGCCAGCGCCAUUGGGCAUUGUAUGCCUGGGAAAGUCUUAUUCUCUGUUGACAUCAUUUUGCUUCGUGUCUAUGGGAAAUGGGAUUGAUCUAACUGAUGGUCUUGAUGGAUUGGCUGGUGGGGUUUCUGCACUGGCUUUUAUAGCAAUGUCAGUUGUCGUGCUUCCAAUAUGUGCUGACCUUGCUAUCUUCGGUGCAUCAAUGGCUGGAGCCUGUGUUGGUUUUCUUUUGCAUAAUAGGUACAAAGCAUCUGUCUUCAUGGGUGAUACUGGAUCUCUAGCACUUGGUGGAGCCCUAGCUGCAAUGGCAGCCUGUACAGGAAUGUUCCUUCCAUUGUUCAUUUCGUCUGGGGUUUUCGUUGUUGAAGCAUUCUCUGUAGUUUUGCAGUGACCUCCUCUUCGGGGACCUCAACAUGAGAUUGACAUAGGGAUGUACUCAUCUAGAGGAGGGCUACUUACCACGAAAGAGGACCAUAAAUACUGGUGUAUUUUUUUAACCAAUCAAUAGCCUAUGGGGGUGAUUACCAGUGCUAGGAUAUAUAUGUACUUGUAUAUCUCAAAGAGCAAUGCUACUGCUUGGUCAGCCACUAUCAGAAGAAUUGAUUUCUUCUUCUGUCUUAGGUAAGUUUAAUCCAGAGCCAGAUUUAAGGAAGGUUACUUGUUAGCACCGAAGAUCUAUUGCUUGAUCCCAGAAGAAGUCGCAAAUGUACUCAAGAACAAGGGCCCUGCUAAACCCUUUAUCUUUGAAGAUUGGUUUGAGUCACAGUACCAGGUUUUUCUCAGACAGAUCAGGUCUAGGUUUCAGCUACCUUUUGGGUUUUAAGACUAUAUGAACAUAACCAGGAAGGAAUCAGUGGACAGAAUUUGGGGAUAACAGCUCCAUGAAUAUUGGCAUUCCAAUGCCGUAUGUGAUCACCUGUUGUUGAUCAGGCAAAUUGAUUUUCGACAGGGAGUUAGUCAGUAACAAAGCAAUGGGGAUAUUUUUUAAGCAUCACAAGAAAUUUAACUCUCUAUAAAGAUUGUUUCGAUAUUUACCUUUUGACACUAAUUGACAUUUCUAUAUUGAACUUUUUUCUGUUUCAACAGAACAUGUAGGUCUUCAAGUUACUUUAAUCAUAUGUUAUCUGAGUAAGAGAGGCCUUGAGUCAAAUUCUCCAUCCCCUGCUUAUUUGAUGUAGUAGUUGAAAGAUGUUGGCAUUUAGGUUCAUUGUGUUGUAAAUCAAACUUCUUGCACAUUCAAGAAGUUCCCCAGUAUUUGUUACUCAUGACAGGUAAAGUUUCGUUACUUCUGUUUUGCAUUUACCGCCAAUUGUCCUGCAUUGAGCGUGUACAGCCGAAAGCCAUGGUGAUGAUUUUUCAUAUCACGUUGCCUUGCCUAAUUCCUGGAAUUGAUCG